AUGAUCAAAGAUAUCCUGGCCAAGGAAACGAAAGAACGAAAGCCGUCUUUGGUUGAUUUAUACCGCGAACUUCUUCAAGAACCCGAAUGCUUCCCCAAUUUGUCAAAAAUUAUUAAGAUUGCCCUUACUCUCCCUUUGACAUCAGCAUCUGCUGAGAGAUCAUUUUCCAAGCUGAAAAUAAUAAAAAAUCGCCUGAGGUCGACGAUGAGGCAAGAUCGACUAGAAUCGCUGAUGCUCAUGUCCGUGGAAUCUGACAUUUGUCGGGGCCUCGAUAUCGAAGGACUCGUUGAACGAUUUACCGACGCAGCUCCCCGAAGAUGGAACUUGUACUAA